AUGGCAUUCUUCGCUAUUAUAAUUGGCGUAGCCAUCGGCAUGAUGAUUGUACCCAUGAUUGCACCUCUUGGCUUGUCAGUUCUUGGAUUCGGCGCUGCAGGCCCUAUCGCUGGUGGAAUAGCUGCUUCCAUUCAAAGUCUUAUUGGCAAUGUUGUUGCGGGGAGCUGGUUCGCAAUUGUGCAGUCUAUAGCUAUGGGCGGUGCCAUUCCAGCCGGUGUGUAUGCAGUCUUUGGUGCUCUUGGAGGAGGGAUCGCAGCCAUCAUAGAGCGUGUAUUAGGUAUGUCAAAGAGGCGCUUCCUGUUCGUGCCUCAGCUGAUGAAAACCCUUCUUUAG